AAAACCGAUCAGAAUACGAUCGGAAAUGCGCAAAAUUGUUCGUCGGAAAAAAAUUUGUUAACAGAAAUCCAAGAAGUGGAAAAAAGGACAUCAAAAGACGAUACGCCAAAUGUUGUGAUGUUCACGAAUCCUAUGACUGGUAUGAAAAAACGCAUGAAAUUACAACAUUUACCUCGAUCGUUUGUUGAAGCAGUGGGUAUUAAGCCAGGUCAAACUGUAAUUAUCAAACGUCGGAUACGAGUGGCUAAAUCAGCGCGAAAUCAGGCAGAAGAAUCUGACACUAUGGAAAAUGUACUGGAAAAAGAAGAAAACCUUUUGGAAAAUACAGCAAAUAUAUGUUGA